AUAUAUGAGUUUUGCUAUAAAGCUAUUAAUAUUCUGUGUAAACUUGCCAGUAAAUCUGUACUGGGGAGAGCUGCUAAUGUAAAGGAUUCCUAUUGGUUGAAUACUCAACAUGGUUUUUCAACUUCUGGACCAGAUCUUGUGGCAGAUGCGGGGAGCACAUCUAUUGGAAGAUUUGCAAACUACACUGUUUUUAAGGGCAAAGCUGCCUUAUCGAUGAAACCAAUUCUUCCAGCUAUCCGAGAACUGGAUUCUAGGAGUUCUAGAGUAUACAAAAAUGGCUCUGUUAUUUUGACAUUUUGGCCUGCUGUUGGACAAAGAAAGUAUGAUUGGGAAAAGAAGCAGGUCUUUGCUUUGUCAGCUACUGAAGUUGGAAGCUUGAUUGGCCUAGGUCCUACUGAAUCUUGUGAAUUUUUUCAUGAUCCUUCGAUGAAAUCGAGUUUAGAAGGCCAGGUGAAGAAAUCACUAUCAAUUUCCCCAUUGGGCAAUGACAAUGGAUACUUUCUAAACUUAUCUGUUGUAAACAACAUCCAGAAGACGAAUGAGCGACUUUCAGUUCCAAUUACCAAGGCUGAAUUCACAGUUAUUCGCACAGUAUUAAGUUAUGUAUUGCCACAUAUCAUGGGUUGGCCCCAGGCCAUGAUGAGAGCACAACAACCAACCACUGAGACAAAAACGUCAAAGAGCCGACCAGAUCCCAUUUUUGAGUGGGGAAGGUAACUCAGCACACUUUUCCAGCCUAGUGCAGUCUUUGUUCCCAAAGAAACAGUGGUGUCGGCUUAUUGUCAGCGUAGAACUUGCAUUGUUGGAUGCUCAGUAUGUCAUUUGAACUUGCUGGACAAUGGAGGUAGUUGACAGAAGUGGUGAUUUAUGGUUCUGUAUUGGGUUUCCUUUACAAAACCAUGAACCGAGGAUGCUUGCAAGUGCAAUUUGUGUUAGUUUGUGGCCAUGAUAUCUGCAGAAAACUGUACUCUUUUGUUUGGUAGGA